UGGCAGCCCACCAGUAGGCUAGUGCAAUUUUCCAGAAGAAGAAAAGUCUGACCUUCUGCAUUCUUAUCUAUCUCACAUUCUACUACGUUGAUGAAGGUCAUCUGAGCGAGGACUUAUAGGAACUGAAACUUGCACUGACAUCAUGUAUACCUUUCUGCACCGUAGCACAGUUUAGUCGGUUGCGCGGGAGCCUAGAUUCCCAUGCCUCCAGCCUACUGUAUUACAAUUUUCCAGAAAUGCAUUUAACGCCUUCUCACUGAUGCCUAGGUAGCACCUCAAGGACCAACACUGGUCCACAGACCACCAUUUGGGAAGCUCUUUGAAGACAUAUUGUACCCUCAAACAAUAUGAGGGAAACAAAGUUGUAGCAGUGGCGAAGCAAGGACAACCACGUUUCAGACAGUGUAGCAAGGAAUACAAAGUUGGAACAGUGACACUUAGGUGAACUCUGUAGAACGCUGCAAGGGAGAUGAGUUUGGAGGAGCAAUAGAGUCAUCCACAAUAGCCAGCAUGUCUCAGAAAGGGACAAAAAAGGGAGGCGCGCCCUCACCCAGAGCGAGCACGUCGUCAAACACCCCCUCGGCACAGGGGACCCCUGGGCGCUCCGGGCUCCGCCAGCCCAAGUCAGGAGAAAAUAGCAACAGCUCCAAGAGUGGCAGGAGCCACAGCCAGGGCUCUGUAGCAGCCGUCUACCUGUCCUACCUCAACACUCUCUUUGGACAGGAUAGGGAGCUGAUGCCUGAGGAGUUGGAUGAGCUGCAGGUGGCCUUUAAGGAGUUUGACUACGAUGGGGACGGCUUCCUGCAUUACAAGGACGUGGCCGACUGUAUGAGGACCAUGGGAUACAUGCCCACUGAGAUGGAGCUCAUAGAGAUUAUACAGCAGAUCAAGAUGAAAUGGGGCGGUCACGUGGACUUUGAUGAUUUCUGUACUGAGCUGAUGGGCCCUAGGAUGCUGGCUGAGACGGCUCACAUGAUGGGGAUGAGGGAGGUACGCAGUGCUUUCAAGCAGUUUGACAGCAACGGGGACGGGCGCAUCACCUUGGAGGAGCUGAAGGACAGCAUGAAGGCCCUGCUGGGCGAGAAGCUGAAGAAGGGCGAGCUGGAGGAGAUCCUCCAGGACAUCGACCUCAACAAGGACGGCGGAAUAGACUUUGAUGAGUUUGUCAUGAUGCUGUCCUCGCGGUAGCAAGCCUCAGCCACCAAGCAAACAAACUAACAAGAUGCACUGGAUGAGGUCUGGAUCACCGAACAAGUGGCAUCAUUCUUGUGUCAAUUUCCUGUAGCGUUGUGCAUGAUUUUGCAUAUUCAUCAGAUUUUACAUCUGAAUGGUUUUGCGGUGUGUAGACUUCGAUUGUAAGAUAUCAAUUUAGGUCAAAUU